AAGGGGCGGGGUGGGGCCCAGUGUGGCGGAAGCGGAUUGGCUGGGAGGCGUCCCGGAAGUGGUUCUCGGAGAAGCCCACGUGGAUGAGUCGAACCCACAUGGCGGUGCUCUUGAGGACGCUGCUGCAGCCAGGGAGGCCCCCGGGAGUCUUGGGGCGCUCCCUGGGACGGCGUGAGGCCAGCCUGGGCACUGGUUCUGGGGCUGCGGUGCGAGUGCGGUUCGCCCCCAGCCCCACAGGCUUCUUGCACCUGGGUGGCCUCCGCACUGCCUUGUACAACUACCUCUUUGCCAAGAAGCACGGAGGGAGCUUCAUUCUGCGGCUGGAGGACACGGACCAGACCCGCCUGGUGCCCGGGGCAGCGGACAACAUUGAGCACAUGCUGGAGUGGGCAGGCAUCCCCCCUGAUGAGAGCCCACACCGGGGAGGCCCCAGGGGGCCCUACCUGCAGUCCCAGCGGCUGGAGCUGUACGCCCAGGCCGCGGAAGCUCUGCUGAAGACCGGGGCUGCUUACCCCUGCUUCUGCUCUUCACAGCGGCUGGAGCUGCUGAAGAAGGAGGCCCUGAGGAGCCGGCAGACACCCCGGUAUGACAAUCGGUGCCGGAACCUGAGCCAGAGGCAGGUAGCUGAGAAGUUGGCCAAGGACCCCAAGCCUGCUAUCCGCUUUCGCCUGGAGGAGGAGGCACCAGCCUUCCAGGACUUGGUAUACGGCUGGAAUCGGCAUGAAGUGGCCAGUGUGGAGGGGGACCCGGUCAUCCUGAAGAGCGAUGGCUUCCCCACCUACCACCUGGCCUGCGUGGUGGAUGACCACCACAUGGGCAUCAGCCACGUGCUGCGUGGCUCGGAGUGGCUGGUCUCCACUUCCAAGCACCUGCUGCUCUACCAGGCCCUGGGCUGGCCGCCACCUCGCUUUGCCCACCUGCCCCUGCUCCUCAACAGGGACGGCAGUAAGCUGUCCAAGAGGCAAGGGGACAUUUUCCUGGAGAGUUUUGCUGCUGCCGGCUUCCUACCAGAUGCCUUGCUCGACAUCAUCACUAACUGUGGCUCAGGGUUCCCAGAGAACCAGAUGGGCAGGACCUUGCCAGAGCUGGUAGCACAGUUUGACCUGACCCGGAUCACCUGCCACUCGGCCCUGCUAGACCUGGAGAAGCUUCCAGAAUUCAACAGGCUGCACCUUCGUCGGCUGGUGAGCAAUGAGACCCAGAGGCGCCAGCUGGUGGAAAAGCUGCAGCUGCUCGUGGAGGAGGCAUUUGGGAGCCAGCUGCCAGACAGGGCUGUCCUGGACCCAGCCUAUGUGGAGAGGAUCAUCUUGCUGAGACAGGGUCACAUUUGCCGCUUGCAGGAUUUGGUCUCCCCAGCACACGCCUUCCUGUGGACUCGUCCUGCUGUGGGUCGCACGCAGCUGGGUGCCAUCUCAGAGCAGGUGGAUGUGAUUGCCAAGCGCGUGCUGAGGCUUUUAGAAGGACCUGGCGCCAGCUUAACUCAGGACGUGCUGAACGCAGAACUGAAGAAGCUGUCCGAAGGUCUGCCCGGCACCAAGCACAGUAACGUGAUGAAACUCCUCCGAGUGGCCCUCAGUGGACAGCCGCAAGGACCGCCUGUAGCUGAGAUGAUGGUGUCCUUGGGACCAAAAGAAGUGCGGGAACGCAUACAGAAGGUGCUGUCCAGCUGACGGGAGAUGUGCCCGGCGGUGGAGGUGGCUAGGGACCUGUGCGUGUGGAGACGGCCUUCGGAGGAGGAGUGGGUCCUGGGACCCAUCGGGAACUUGUAACAGGAACCAGAGUCUGGGUGCACACAGUGAACACAUGGCUCCACGCAGCCCCGUCCUCGCCCGCUGGCGGGGAAGCCCAGCAUCUUCUCAGCUCCCUGAGUCUAGAGAGGAAGGCUCAUGUCUGGCUCCGAUACCACACUGCAUGGCAGAGGUUUCAAGCUGGUUCCUAGAACAGUCCAGAGGGCUCUUGUUUAGGCCGCCCGAGCUGCGUGACAAGAAGCCACAGAGUUGGGGGCUUAAACAACGGAAAAUUACUUUCUCACUGUUCAGGAGGCUGGAAGUCUAAAAGGCAGGUUUCUUUGCUCCUUGGCUUGCUGAUGGCUGCUUUCUGCUGUCCGUACUGGUCAUCGCCCUGGGUGUGCCCGUGGUGCCUCUGGGUGUCCAAAUGUCUUCUUAGGACAGCAGUCAGAUGGGAUUAGCACCCACCCUGACAGC